AUGGAGCGCCUCACAGAGGCAUCCUCAGAUGGAUGGGAACAGGUGGGCCAGGUGUGGGAGCCCGAUCCGGAGGGUCCUCAAGCUCGACUGCAUGAAGAACUGGAAGCCACCAUGAGGGAGGCACAGGAACACGGUUGCAAGGUGCAGUUUCUAAAGAAAGGCUGCCGGACUUUGAUGCAAGCCAAGUCACAGGAGUUCCGGAAGUUGGCCGAAACGCACGACGAGCGGCGGUGCACGAGGAAUGUGUUGGAGCUGUGGCGCUUGGUGCUGCGCGCCUCGCGCUUGCGGCGGCACCGGCUGCGCCGCGCCUGGGAGUCCUGGCAGCUAAUGCGAGCGGAGAACGUGAAGCUCACAGUCAUGUUGGAGGAUUGUAAAGAGCAGCAGGUGACGCUUCAGAGCGAGCUGAAGCGCUUCAAAGCGACUGCAGCUGGGCUCCUGUCGGCGUCUGCGCUGGUGGCGGCUGUGCUCUUUGUUCUGAGGGACAGACACUGGACGAAGAAGCUGACGCAGAGCCAACUGGAGCUGCAAGGAGAGUUAGAACGGAAGGAGACCCGGUGCAUGACGGAGCUGGACCAGACAGAGCAACGCCUGUUGAAGAGCAUGGAUGCCAAGGGUGAGCAACAGACGAUGAGAGUUCAGAAAGUCGAGAGGCGCCUGGAAGCUCGGGUGAAGGAUGGAGCCGAGGACGUCUUGGACCGGCUGACUGAGCUACAACAACAGCACAAUGAACAAUUUGAGCGUGCCCACCGUCGCAUCGACCAACUUCGGGACCGUGACGCGCGCGACGCCGACCCGCUCUGGCGCCUCUUCCGGCGGCUGCGGAGCCGAUUGUGA